UGGACAAUGUAAGCCAUGCUACUGUGCUUUGUUUUAUCAUUUUUGCUAAUCUUUUGCAACAAAGAUAAGAUUUUUUUAUUAAUUGAUCAUAUCAAAAUAGACAUCAGUUUCUCAGAUAUACAGAUAUAAACAAACAGUGCAUAACUAUUAGAGUUUUGUUUCAUUGUGUUAUAAUGACUUCAAACGUCAGAAAAAAUGACGCCGAAGCAUCAAAUAAUUCUCAUAAUGUUGAUGGGAAUGUUGUUGGGAUUGUUGCUGCCACCACUAUAACUCUUUUUAAGAAAUCCUUAGAUGUAAACAAAUACGCUACAAAAAAGACCAUAGCUCAAGGCCUCCUAGAUGUCGCCUUACUAACAGCUAAUGCUUCGCAACUAAAGUACAUCUUGCAAGUAGGAGAGAAGCAUGAGUUCUAUGGCUUAAUGCUAAGCUUAAUUACCAUUUCUAUUAUUUUACAAGUCACGGCCGGGCUACUAUCAAUCCUAGUGUCAAUAUUGCGAUCCUACAAUGACGAUAAAAUCGACAUGAUCGUGGCAAUCGUAAAUCAGAUUGCAUUAGCGUUCGUCACUGGCGCCCUCUUUUGUGACGUCAUCAAAAUGAAUUUUGGAUUAGAUGCCGCGAUCGCCGUCAUUAAAACCUGAACUAAUGAAACAUAGAAGUCCGGCGGGCCAGACGGGAGGUUCAAAACCAGCCGAUAUCGCAAUUUAAAUUUAUAUAUUUUUUUGUUUUUAUUUAUGGUUUUUUUUUACUUUUUGUUUUAUUCAUUUGUUUUCUUUAUGAUUUUUU